AUGGUUAAUUUAAGGUUUUUGGGCGGAUAUCUCAAAGAGUUGACACAAAAUGUGUUUGGAUUGAGGAGUAAAUGCCAGAGUACUCGACGACUUGAUGGUCAGGUUGUGGUGAUAACCGGUGCCAACACUGGUAUCGGCAAAGAGACUGCACUUCAACUGUCACUUCGAGGAGCAAAGAUAAUCAUCGGAUGCCGUGAUGUGAACAAAGCUAACGGUGCCGUCGAUGAGAUACGUGCGAAGAACCCAAACGCCAACUUAAAU